UCAGGGACAGCCUGGCCUGCCUCCCUCUAGCUUGCUUCGGGCUGUCACCCACUCCCCCUGCCGGCUGUCUGCUUCCAUGUCCUCCCCCAGAAUCUGUGACAGGGUGGGGUGGAGGCAGGUCCUAGGAAAAGCAGAGCGAGGAUGUUUGGGUCCCUGUAGUCCUGGUGAGGUCCUGGUCAGGGAAACACGCUCCUCACCUCAAGACUUGACUAUCUAAGAAGCACAGAGAAAGGGUGAUGGUGACGGGGAUGGGGGUGGUUGAGGCAUGAGGCUGUUAAUUUUAUAAUAGAGAAGACGGUAGCGCAGCACCACUGCCUGAAAGGGUGUAACUGAGAGUAGCUUUCUGGGGUCUCCUGUGCUCGGUCAGUAAGUGGCUGCUCUUAUCUCUCUGUCAAUCCUGAGCCAUCUUAGGCUCAGGGUGAGGCACGGAGAGAGGCAUGUGGUUGCUAUGACUACUUAGCAUCUCACCAAAGCCUGGUACCCAAAAAAGGCGAGAGGGGCUUGGAAUUAGACAAGGAAAAGGCGUGCAUUGAAGAGGAAAUGGGCAGGGCAUUCGAGGGCAGAAGACAGCACAGAGGAGGGGUCCUCUGGAGAUGAGCCCCUCCCUUCCACCUUGGGCCAGGAGCGAGAGUGAUGCCAGGCAGAUCCACCACUAAUUAGAGUGAGGCCCUUCUUUCUGAUUCUUCUGUCUCUACAGCACUUGGCACAUGUGAGCCUCAGUCUGACUUGGGAGCUUCGGGAAGGGGAGGCUUCAUUCUAGUCUUUUCUAAGUAUAGGAACAGACAGGAAGUCCUUUCUUCAAUCACUCCCUCAUCCCUCCUGUUGCAGGACUUGGCCAGGGCUAGGAAGAAUGACGCUGUGCUUUUAUUGCCCCUCUUGGCAGAAAAGGACCUUGGCUCCUUCAGUGUUUGCCAACCCAGGGAGUCAGACCCCAGCCUCCAGUUCUUCCUCCUUUUAGCUCCCCAGCUCUGAUCCCCGGUAGGUGGUGGGGAGUGGUGGGGGAGCAGUCCUUGCCACAUCUCUGAGCUAAAUAUACCCUAGCAGUUUGCACAUGUAGCAACUCUGCUUGUAACCUGAGCCCCCGAGGGAACGGGCAGUUUGGGCCACCCCCUAGGCCAGCAGGGCCAGGCACUGAGGGCGCCGGGAUGGAGGCGCCCAGCCGGACCCUGGUGGUGGGCUCAGCGGAGUCCUACACCAGCCGUCCAUCGGACUCUGAUGUAUCUCUGGAGGAGGACCGGGAAGCCUUAAGGAAAGAAGCAGAGCGCCAGGCAUUAGCGCAGCUCGAGAAGGCCAAGACCAAGCCAGUGGCAUUUGCCGUGCGGACAAAUGUGGGCUACAAUCCGUCUCCAGGGGAUGAGGUGCCUGUGCAGGGAGUGGCCAUUACCUUUGAGCCCAAAGACUUCCUGCACAUCAAGGAGAAAUACAAUAAUGACUGGUGGAUCGGGCGGCUGGUGAAGGAGGGCUGUGAGGUUGGCUUCAUUCCCAGCCCCGUCAAACUGGACAGCCUUCGCCUGCUGCAGGAACAGAAGCUGCGCCAGAACCGCCUCAGCUCCAGCAAAUCAGGCGAUAACUCCAGUUCCAGUCUGGGAGAUGUGGUGACUGGCACCCGCCGCCCCACACCCCCUGCCAGUGGUAAUGAAAUGACUAACUUAGCCUUUGAACUAGACCCCCUAGAGUUAGAGGAGGAAGAGGCCGAGCUUGGUGAGCAGAGUGGCUCUGCCAAGACUAGUGUUAGCAGUGUCACCACCCCGCCACCCCAUGGCAAACGCAUCCCCUUCUUUAAGAAGACAGAGCAUGUGCCCCCCUAUGACGUGGUGCCUUCCAUGAGGCCCAUCAUCCUGGUGGGACCGUCGCUCAAGGGCUACGAGGUUACAGACAUGAUGCAGAAAGCUUUAUUUGACUUCUUGAAGCAUCGGUUUGAUGGCAGGAUCUCCAUCACUCGUGUGACGGCAGACAUUUCUCUGGCUAAGCGCUCAGUUCUCAACAACCCCAGCAAACACAUCAUCAUUGAGCGCUCCAACACACGCUCCAGCUUGGCUGAGGUGCAGAGUGAAAUCGAGCGAAUCUUCGAGCUGGCCCGGACCCUUCAGUUGGUUGCUCUGGAUGCUGACACCAUCAAUCACCCAGCCCAGCUGUCCAAGACCUCGCUGGCCCCCAUCAUUGUUUACAUCAAGAUCACCUCUCCCAAGGUACUUCAGAGGCUCAUCAAGUCCCGAGGAAAGUCUCAGUCCAAACACCUCAACGUCCAAAUAGCGGCCUCGGAAAAGCUGGCACAGUGCCCACCUGAAAUGUUUGACAUCAUCCUGGACGAGAACCAAUUGGAGGAUGCCUGCGAGCACCUGGCGGAGUACUUGGAAGCCUAUUGGAAGGCCACACAUCCGCCCAGCAGCACGCCACCCAAUCCGCUGCUGAACCGCACCAUGGCUACCGCAGCCCUGGCUGCCAGCCCUGCCCCUGUCUCCAACCUCCAGGGACCCUACCUUGCUUCCGGGGACCAGCCGCUGGAACGGGCCACCGGGGAGCACGCCAGCGUGCACGAGUACCCAGGGGAGCUGGGCCAGCCCCCAGGCCUUUACCCCAGCAGCCACCCACCAGGCCGGGCAGGCACGCUACGGGCACUGUCCCGCCAAGACACUUUUGAUGCCGACACCCCCGGCAGCCGAAACUCUGCCUACACGGAGCUGGGAGACUCAUGUGUGGACAUGGAGACUGACCCCUCAGAGGGGCCAGGGCUUGGAGACCCUGCAGGGGGUGGCACCCCCCCAGCCCGACAGGGAUCCUGGGAGGACGAGGAAGAAGACUAUGAGGAAGAGCUGACCGACAACCGGAACCGGGGCCGGAAUAAGGCCCGCUACUGCGCUGAGGGUGGGGGUCCAGUUUUGGGGCGCAACAAGAACGAGCUGGAGGGCUGGGGACGAGGCGUCUACAUCCGCUGAGAGGCAGGGGCCACACGGCGGGAGGAAGGGCUCUGAGCCCAGGGGAGGGGAGGGGAGGGAGCGAGGGGCUCACACCCAACAUGUAUUCGCCUCCAGGGGGCGCUGUCUCCCACCUUUCAGAUGCCUUUGCUCAAAGCUUGGGGUUUAUUCGGCGUUAUCAUCCCAGCUCCCGGGAGGCCCUUAAGCCCCAGCUGUCGGUUUUUACCUGCCUGUUGCAGAUGGAUGGGGGAUACCCACUUUUCUGAAGUGUCCCCUUUCUCCCAUCUUAAGGGGCUCUCCUCCCUCGCCCUCCUAGAGAAAAGGUGCACUUCCUUCACUCUUUCUACUCGGGGCCCUAAGUGGCGGUCCUAAGUGGGAUGGCUCUCCUUCUCCCAAGCUGCAGUACUGGGGAAGGGCUGGGCACUUUUCCUGGAAAGGGAGGCCACAGAUUCUUUCCCAUGGGGGCUCUCUUCCCCAGACCCCAGAUCCGGGGUCCCUCACCCUGCCUGCCCCUUCCUCCCAGCUUCCUGGCAGCAUCGUCUGGUCGGUGAAAGCUACAGCAUGGACACCCCAUGGGGAGCUUGUCUCUGGGGAGGGUUCUGGGUGGAAGCCGGCAGGCAUACAAAACCCUCUACCCUCCGUGGCCAUGGCAACGUCCAGGGCCCAGAACCCUGAAGAAUGAGCAGCUGAGGCGCUGCUCCCCAUCCCCCACCUCCAUACCUCAGCCUUUGCCUACCCUAGGAAUGAGCUUGGCCUCCAACAUCCCUUGCCUGCUGCCAUUAGAAGAGGGGGCCCUCUUCUGCAUCUGAGCCCCCCAUCCCUGUGCCACCUGGGUGUGGAGCCCAUGGAACACUCUGGUCCGCCUCAUUUUAAACCAAAAAACUGCUCCUUCACCCUCACCCUGAGGCCCCAGGGGAGAGGACCCAUGGGUUGGUGCCCAGGGGUUGCCUUGGGACCUCGGAUCUCCUCUGGGGGGCUUGGCUGCUGCUGUUGCUGCUCUGUACUUGCCUCUCGUGAUUCUGUUUGUUACCCAUGUUCACUUCCCCCAGGAGACCCCCUCUCCCCUGGGGCAUCCCUCUGCCUUGGAAUCCCUGUAGCCCAGCAGCCCUGCCCCUCCCCAGCAUCCCAGCUGGGCCAGAGAGAGCCAACUGUGCCAACAAGGACUGGGCCCUGCCCGGCUGCCCGCCUCAGGGAUGGGCACCUCAUGCCUGUCUCGCCACCUCCUGUGCCAAUGUCCUACACUCCACCUGGGGGUGGGGUGCAGCUUCCACUUACUGAUUAGAAGACACCACUGCCCACCCUUUCCCCCUCCCUGUCUGGUGUCCUGUGCCCCCAUCUGUCUGUCUAUAUCUGUCUGUACUCCCCUAGGAGAAGUAUUUUGCCAUAUAUAAAACCACUGUCCUGUCCUUUGUGGCUGCCUCCCAAGCCUGCUUCUUUGUCCUCGCCACAUAGUCAUCAGCCUAGGCACCUGGGAGCUGCUGAUAUGCAGGGGGAAUUGAAGGGGUGGGUGCAGGAAGAAGCUGUGCGCUGAGUCGUUGACUCAAAAGGGAAGAUGAUCCUUCGAUUUUGGCCCUCUGAUGCCCACUGCUUGGGCAGUCCUGGCUCCGCACUGGCCCUGAGCCCCUUCACUUACCUCUCUCUCCACAAGUACAGCCAGAGGCAAUGGGAAGCUGGUGUUGCUUGGUGGGUGAGAUCCAGACCCAUUGGUGCAAAGUCUUAAAUACACAUGAUUGUUUUUCUGC